GUGAUUGUCAUGUGUCCCUGCCUGCAGCAGCUCAGAGAGGAAGAGCGGAACCCGCUCCUCCAAUACAGUCUACGAGUAAGCUAGAGGAAAUAACAGACCGAACGGGAUUUUUGUAAUAAUCGACGUAUGUGAUUCAUUUAAAAGGGCAUGUUUACAGCAAACACAACAUUUCGCCUUUUUAACUCGAAAAAAAGAUGCUCAAGCAGGAUUAAUUCGCUGCCUCGGUCAAAGGAGCUGUCCACCAUGAGGUGCUGAUCGGCGGCCUGGCAGAACGAUGGCGACGGGGAAGUGGCUUCUGUACACGGGUCUCUGUUUGUCUCUCGUCGCCUUGUGUUUCCUGACAAUCGCAAUCUCAUCGGAUCACUGGUACGAAACGGACGCGAGGAGAUACAAGGAACGUUGCCGAACUUUCUCGAACCGCAGAAGCGAUCCGGGUUUUAUUUACAUCCCCAACCACAGCCUUCCACUGCGAGCCAGCCGAGUGAACCUGGACCGAUGGGAGAACCGACUGCUGCUGACUAGAAACCGGCGUCAGCUGUUCGCGAUGAGCGCGGCGGAUGAGUGCAGCAGGCGCUACAAUUCAACCAACAUGGGGCUGUGGAGCAAAUGCUACAGGGUGGGAUUUGACCCAGACAUCGAAGAGCUCGUUCAGAAAGGAACUAUCGAGCGUUGCUCCUUUAUAAAGUACUAUUACUCCUCUGCAGUGACGCGAAAGGAUCUUUCCUACAAUAUCACCAAGACUAUCCAGCAAGAUGAUUGGCAUGCCCUGCAUUUGCGUCGGAUGACAGCUGGCUUCAUGGGCAUGGCUCUAUCCAUCAUUCUCUUUGGCUGGACCAUUGGCGUUUUAGGCUGUUGCUGGCAGCAAGGCCUCAUGCAUUACGUUGCUGGUCUACUCUUCCUUAUGGGAGGUACCUUCUGCAUCAUCUCUCUGUGCACCUGUGUGGCCGGCAUCAACUUCGAACUGUCUCGCUACCCACGUUAUCUGUUCAGCCUCCCGGAUGAUAUAAGCCAUGGUUACGGCUGGUCCAUGUUCAGUGCCUGGGGAGGGCUGGGACUGACCCUCAUAGCAGGGUUCUUCUGCACCCUGGCACCAUCGAUUCAGCCUCCCCCACCAUCCCGUACCUCCUGUCCUAAGUCUCGUAUGGAGAACGGAACGGUGUGCUAAAGCUUCACAUGUUGUGACACUUGGUACAUUAACAUAAACUUGUUCAUAGACUUUGUUAUGGGUAUUAAAAGCACGGAAGCUGUUGAAAGACAUUUUGUUCUGGAAGGUGACAAGCCACGGCUGUUGGGACUUAUAAAAGAAGUAUCUAUGAAAGCACAUUUGUACAGUUGUAUAAAAGCUUUCAUCAUGACAUGAGUUCAGCAUGUCCUUGGUGUUUGUCUUUGUGUUCAGUAGAUCGUGUUUGAAUUUCGAGACAAAUUCACCAUUUCAAAGAUCUUUCCAAUGUAUGAUUUACCAUGAACUUCAUUAUGUGCUGUAAUUGUUUUCAAUGUCAAUAAUUUCUUCAUUGGACAAUAAAAUGCCUCAUGUAAGAAAACAA